CCAGCAACCUCUGGUCCGGUGUCAAUCAAGUCCAGAGCCCAGCUUCGGCGUGUAAACGCGCACGUUUUGCUCGGUUUGGUUUUCUCUGCCGGCCACCACCUACAGCAACAGCAACAGCAACAAAACAUAUUAUAUCAGGAUAAGAGAUCGGAAACCAGACGACUCACCUCUUUCUCUUUCAUUCUAUUACUCAAAAAUGGAUCAAUCCGGAGAACCGGAGCCCAUACUCAACCACCGUGUUCUCCUCCUCGACGGAACCGUCACGCCGUUGGUCCUCACAGUCGACGGUUUGCUCCGGUGGUCCGACAAAGGUCACCGAUGUUUGUCCGUCGAGAAGGAGGUUCUUGGAUUCUCCACCGAUGGUCCGAAGAUUAAGAUCAAAGCAAUUGUGGAGGACGGAGAUGGAUUGUUCUGCUUUGGAAGCAGAGGAGCUUUGGUGAGGAAGGUUUUUGUGUUUCAGCCUCUCUCUGAGGACUCCCACAGGCUCUGGUGUUUGAAGCUCCGUGAAUUCAUCGAUUUGCUUGGUCGCCCAAAGAGGCUGUUUGUUUUUGUUAACCCAUUCGGCGGGAAAAGAGCUGCUUCCAAGACUUUUCUCGAUUACGUGAAGCCUCUUCUGGAGGAUGCCGAAAUAGACAUCACACUGCAAGAAACUGAAUAUCAGCGGCAUGCUGAGGAGGUUGCUUAUUCAUUAGAUCUCACCAAGUACGAUGGUAUUAUUUGUGUCAGUGGGGAUGGAAUAUUGGUAGAGGUAGUAAACGGAUUGCUAAGGAGAAGUGAUUGGGUUGUUGCAAUAAAGACGCCUUUAGGAGUAGUACCUGCAGGCACUGGAAAUGGAAUGGCGAAAUCACUUCUUCAUUCAGUCGGUGAUCCUUGUACAGCAUGCAAUGCGACUCUUGCCAUCAUUCGAGGCCAUAAAUGUUCAUUGGAUGUUGCCACCAUUUUGCAAGGAGAGGCUAAACAUUUUAUUGUUUUGAUGCUUGCUUGGGGCUUGGUGGCAGAUAUUGACAUUGAGUCGGAAAAGUAUAGGUGGAUGGGAAGUGCUCGCUUGGAUUUUUAUGCCCUCCAACGAAUGUUAAGUUUGAGGCACUACAGAGGUGGUGUUUCUUUUGUGCCUGCACCUGGAUUUGAAGAUUAUGGAGAGCAGACAAGGUACGAUAAUGAGACUGAUAGCAUAGUAGAUGUUGGCAGUUUAGGUGAGGGUGAGCCCAUUAAUAUUCAACGGCAUGGCUACCAAGGACCUAAUAUCAACUUGAAGGAAUUAAAUUGGAGAAAAAUUGACGGACCUUUUAUUUCAGUCUGGCUGCACAAUGUACCUUGGGGAGCUGAAAACACCUUGGCAGCACCAGAUGCUAAGAUGUCAGAUGGUUUCUUGGACUUGAUCCUUGUCAGAGACUGCCCAAAAUUAUCAUUGCUGUCAUUGAUGUCUGACUUGAGUAAUGGAAAGCAUGUCAAGUCACCGUUUGUUACUUAUAUCAAGGUCAAAGCAUUUAUUUUGAAACCUGGCGUACAGGUUGAGCAGCCAGAUAGAGAAGGAAUUAUAGACGCAGAUGGUGAGGUCCUAGCCAGAGGGAGGGGAACUUUCACGAGUGGUCAGAAAACUCUGAUGCAAUAUGAUAAACUUCAAAUCAGCGUGCAUCAAGGGUUAGCCACUCUAUUUUCCCCCUUGGCAAUUGAUCAAAUCAAAUGGCCUCGAUCAUAAUUUAUUGCUGUUUUUGAACAGACAAAACACUGGAGGUUUUUUCCCGUUAAUGUAAAGAAAUAAUUUAUAUAUAUAUAUAUAUCAAUUUAAAAGGUGGUAAAAUUGAGUGCAUAA